CAUAAGGGAACUAAUGGAAGGCAAGGUGGCUUCUGCUGAGCGCAAAAUGCCACCACGCAACUCUGCAGCAGAGAACGGCAAUGUUGCCCGCAACUAAGCGGCAUUAGACAGCAGUAGAACCAGGAAUAGCGGCAUACGAAGAGAGACGACAUUUUCGGCGCGCAGUAAACUCGACAGCCGCGGAAAAUGCUGCGGGAGGGCAGCGCGACGCGAGUCCAUGCGGACAGCGCGCAUUAGAGCGGUGCCAGCUCAUGGCCCGCAAGCGACAAAACCCGGCAGGAGACAGGUUUCCAUGCGACGGCACAUCUCAGCCCCUCCCUGUCUGUGGAUUCUGUCAACCAGUCGUGGGAAAUUCUUGGGGGACAUGUCACAUCCGCCGUUCUUGGUGUUUGGGGAAGGUUUCCGCCAGCUGACCGCUUUCGAGUUGCUGGCCAUUGCAAACACUAAGAUUCAAGGGAUCGUGCAGGCGGUUGGGUGCACAAUCCAUAGACAUGGGCGAGGGGGGCUUGGCAUCAUGUGUGUCAUGGGGCCACUCUCGUGGCUCAUGGCGUUAGGCAGUUGGAUAGGUUGCAUCUGUUUGUACUGACUCUACCGUGUAGACUUCGCUGCCAGGGCAGGGCAGGCAAUGUGUGUGGCUAAUGGGAACUCUCGGCAGUUUCAUGCGUCCCUUUUUUAGGGGUUCUAGUCGAGGAUGCAUCUGUGCAUGGUGGUGCUGCUAGCUCAUGGUUGGUGGGCCUCUAGAACAUGACAAAAACGGAUCAACAUCAUUCUGCAUGCUGUUUCCAUGUUUCCGGUAUGGUAUAUGAUUGUUUAUAAAUAGCAGCUAAUAUC